AUGCAUAACGCAGUGGUGGCGAAAAUAACUGCACAGAUUGAAAAGCAAAAAAGUGUUCUGGAGGAGAUACAAAGAAAAAUUCUACACUUAAAGAAGAAAUAUAAUGCGAAUAAUCCAUAUUUUGAAGAAUUGCCCACUUCGUUGGAUGAAGUGAAUGAUAUUAAAAAUGAAUUACUUGCACGUCUAGAAUGCAUGGAGGAAAUAGAUCCAGAAGUUAUAAGAGAGCACGAAAGUAAAGAUUUGGAAGUGAAAGAAUUGACUGAAAAGAUCAAAACAUUGGAUAACAGUGUAGAAAAUGGAGAAUCUGAAAUUAAAAGAAUAUAUGAUAAAUGGUUUCCAAUAGUUAAUAAUGUUAUUGACGCGAUUAAUAAAAGUUUUAGCGAGUUUAUGGCUGAAAUGAAAUACGUUGGUGAAGUAAUUUUAUAUAAAGUAGACGAUUAUGAUUUCGAGAAGUAUGGUAUCCAAAUAAAUGUCCAAUUCAGAAAGAACGUCCCACUUCAAGUUCUUGAUAAGUAUGUGCAAUCGGGAGGCGAAAGAGCUGUUGCGACUGCUACUUACACUUUAGCUCUUCAACAAUUAACUCAUGUUCCGUUUCGUUGUGUAGAUGAAAUCAAUCAAGGAAUGGAUUCGACUAAUGAACGCAAAAUAUUUAAUAUGAUUGUUAACGAAACCACCGCUCCGAAUAAACCGCAGUUCUUCUUAGUUACACCAAAGCUGCUACCCAAUUUACCAUGUAACGAGAGAAUGGCUAUACAUGUAAUAUUUAACGGAUCAGUAAACGCAGACUGCUUCUCUUAAAACAAUUAUUGGUUUUUUGUUAUUUUUAUAUUAAAAAUAAGUAUAUAAGUAAUAUUUAACGGAUCAGUAA